AUGGCAGCCUACUACAAGCGAGACGACUUGCGCGACCCUUGGUAUCUCCAGGCCCCGCGCUGGGUCCAGGAGGACCACGAGCUGCCGAUUUCUCCGGAGAAGCCAGAGAUCCACGAUGAACUCCAGAAGGUGCUGGAUGCGGCGCCUUUGAGCCCCGACCACGCGCUGCUCAAAGAGCGCAUUGGUCAAUACGAUACGCACAUCCCCAUCCACCCAGGACCUACUCGGGGUGAACCUCGGACUCUGACAUCGAGAUCAUGGUUCGGCGCGGCUUUGAUGGCAUUGUUUGACCUGUCCCCAUUCCUCAACUUCAUCGAGGAGGCUGCCAACAGCAAACACUUCAAUGAUUCCAUCUUCGUUGGCCUGCAUUCCCUGGCACAGGCGUUUCACCAACGUGGAUAUGAUGGUUUGAAUGAAGAUGAACUGAAGCAGGAGGUGUGGAGCCGCACCGAGACCCUUUGGAACUGCAUCCAAACAGAGAAAUUGGGACCGGAUGAUCCAGAGAAGUUCAAAGGGAAUGCUUGCCACGUGCCCGAAUUCAUAAACUAUCUCUUGCAGAGGCUUGAGCACGCGAAGUCGCUGCAAGACGAGGCUGGUAGCGGUGACGAUGUCGACUUGUCGACCCGGUUCAAGCAGUUGUUCAAGCACUCUUUUGUCCGCCACACGCCCAUGCACUGCAGCUGCCCUCACCCAGUCCUACGACGGCAACCCACAGGCCUUGCGCAGACUCCUGGCUACAUUCUGCCUGUAAUCCUCACGGAAUCAAUGCUUUUGGAGCAGGCGAUCUCCCAAGCCAUGUGGGUGGAGGAGGAUAAAUCGUUUACGAAAGCUUGUCCGCAGUGUGGUGAUGAAGUGCACACAGGUGAUUUCACCAAAUUUGGAUAUCUCCCCGAGGUGUUGUUCAUUUCGCCUCAUUUCAUGAGCAAGCGAUACCCCGACGGCUACGUCAAAUACACGCACGACGAGAAAUUUGUCUUUCCCGAACGGCUGGACAUGUCCGCUUUGGCGGACGACCUACAAGGGCCAGGCGAUCCGGUUGACAACAUCUACAAGCUCCAGUCAAUCAUCACUUGUACACACCAGAAUAUGGAUGUAUGGACUGAUUACAAGCCUGCGCUGCGAACCAGCGAGGUCGAGUGGAUGCAGUAUGAAUACUCCGGUGAUCUUGAUUCACCUGGGACUUUGGUAACAUUGGACGAUAUCUUCGACCCAAGAAGCCGGCAGGUGGUCGAAGAAGCACCUCAUAUACUUAUGUAUGUGCGAGACCGCCAGACCCAAAAUUUCGGCCCGGUGCCAGACGAAGUCAAACACAGGGAGUUCCUGCCUGAUCCCCAUACAACGCUACACGACAAGUACGGCCUAGAAAGUUCCCACUUGCAGAGGUUCGUGGAGGCCCAGGAUCAACCUGGCGAGGACGGAAACAGUACAAUGUUUGAGACCGCCAGGUCAGAGCUGAGCCAAGGCCGCAAGAACAGCUAUUGGAUGUGGUUUAUGUUCCCUCAGAUCUUGGGGAUGACCGUGUCACGAUUAGGUGAAUUCUAUGGCAUCAAGAGCCUCGGCGAGGCGAUAGCCUACUGGAAGCAUCCCGUGUUGGGGAGACGCUACCUCGAUCUCCUGUCAACCGUGCUGACAAGCCCCGAAACGGAUCUCGAGAGGCUGUUUGGCAGGAUCGAUGCUCUUAAAUUUGGGGCAUCCAUGGCCCUUUUCUCCCUCAUCUGCAACGAUAGGCAGCGUCGCGCCUUCGAGAUAGCCUUCACCAGGUUUAACAAGACUUUUGACAUCGAACUUCUUAAGGAGCAGACCGUGGUGCAGCUGUAUGACUGGCUGCACGAUACCGGUGAAGGCAGGGCCAUCGAAUGGAUGCAUUAUUACGAGCCGAAAAUACCAGAUCAUCGAAUCGAUGAAGACAAGGGACAGCAAGAGACUAUUAACGUGCCGGCGACAGGAGGAUUGUCUGUUCUCGUAACCUCCCCCUCCGCUCUUAUUUACGACGCCAAUCGGACGGACGACGUGGAAACCAAGUCCGGCCCCGGGAAUGAGAAUGGCAAUGAAACAGACGAUGCUGCUGUCGCUGGAAAAAGACUACUCGCCGAGUUGAUAAAGCUCACAGAAAUCCAACUCGACGACACGGAUGACGGGGUGGACGCGGAGCUCGUAGCUGCCAGGAACACGAGGGGGGAGAGCUUUGGCAGACUACUCCUGAGAUUUGCUUUCCCUGAAGGUUUGGAGCUCUUGGACCCAGAAUUAUUCAGAGGCAGGGCUCGUAAUUUGGGCCGGAACUUGAUGUAUCUUACCCGGCUUCCGGAACAGACGGCCCAGGCUUCUCCUAAGGAGACGACUCCUGAGUCAGAGGACGACUUGGAUCAGUUAGAUGGCGCCUUUGAUCACCCCUACGACAACGCCAAAUACGCACUGCGCUCCGCUAAAGAUUUGUGGCCGGGAGACACUCUCGUCCCUGGCGAAGGCUACAAAUCUGAUGACUUCCAAAAGAUCGCCGAUGACUUCGGGCUUGAUGGCAGCUCUGAAGAGUUCUCUGAGGAACUCGGCAGCAACCAGGACGAAGAAAACCCUCACGAGGCCAUAGCCAUACCCACAGACCCCAAUGAUCCCCGGAUCGAAGCAAGCCAGUCCUGGUCGCUCGAUGACCUGAAAGCAGAGUUCCAGAAGGAGCAGCUCGACCAGCGCGGAUUGAGGAACGACCAAAAGAAGCAUCGGGUGAAGUUCCUGAAGCACUUCGAGCUCGAGAGGGACUACAGCAUCUACCACGAGAGCAGGCUGCGUCAGACAGUCAAGGAUAAGGGCAUAGCCAUACCCAAGGGCGUGGACAAAGCCGACAAGGCUGAGUUGGUCGACGCGCUGACCGAAUACGACACGCAGAUACUGGGAGAGCUGGAGUUUGUCGGCGAGGAAACGGAGCAGACCGACUCGGCAGAACAGGUCUUCGGAAGGCGAAGAAACACCAAGACCAAAGAAGAGGCCUCGUGA